UGACACAGCGAGUGACUCUCUUGAGGUCACCGAUCACCAGUCAAAUUCCAAGCUGCAGCCUUGGGAAAACGAAAGCAAUCUAGACCUCGGACUUGUCUCUUUCAAAUCCCUUAUUUUUCCGUCUUAUAAUCCUUCUCCCAGAUUCAGCCCGACAUAGGCCACCUCUGAGACCAGGCGGAUUUCGAUUGCACCCUGCUUCUCAUUCGACCACAGCUCUCAAGAGCAAUCAGGUCUCGCACACUUGUGCAUAUCUCGCCUAGCCCAGCCAGCCUAGGGAACUUGCAUCUCCAUUUCCCCUAGACUUUUAUAUUUCAGCCCGAUUCCCUUUCGGUCAAAGAUGCCUCCUCCUACUCUCGAGAAAAUCAACACCAGUCAACCGUCUUCAAGACAGCCGAGAUCAGCCAUGACCCCUACCACCGCAAAACUGUCUGAUGAAGAAAUCUCAGCCUACAGAGAUGUGUUCGCUCUAUUCGACAAAGAUGAAAGCGGAACAAUCACCGCCCAAGAACUAGGCGACAUCAUGCGCUCGCUCGGUCAAACGCCCACAGACUCGGAACUGCAAGAUAUGAUCAACGAAGUCGACAUCGACCACUCCGGUAGCAUAGACUUUGAGGAGUUUCUCAAAAUGAUGUCCACCACCGUCAAAGCACAAGACUUUGCCCAAGAAACUCGCGCCGCCUUCGACGUCUUUGACAAGGACGGCAGCGGCACCAUCUCCGCCGACGAACUGCGUCAAGUCAUGAAGUCGCUUGGCGAGAAUCUCACCGAUGCAGAGAUCGACGAAAUGAUCAAAGAGGCUGACAAGGAUAGAAACGGCACGAUAGAUUAUGAGGAAUUUGUCCAACUCCUGUCACCAAAGCCAUAACCGUCAACUUCAACGUCAAAGUCAUUGCCAUCAACUUCUCGCUCCAGUCAAGGCCUGAUUCACAACAGCGCAAACCCACUGAAUCCCCGUGAUGCUCCGUAUCGAGGGCCGAGGAGCAGACCUUUUGCGCGAACCACUGCGUGACGAAGCCAAUGCCCCAAUCAGGACCACUACUCAGUCCAGCUUCGAUACCACGAAUAUCCACGAAACAAUCUACUAUGCUUUUCCUUUCUGCAAAUUUCGG